CCCAGGUUCAAGUUGGGCUAGAAUCGCUGAGCCUUCAGCCUGCAACUAUAACAGAGGAGCCCCAGCCCAACCCACAUCGUACAGAAAAAGACCAUUGCCCGCAGCGAGAGCCAUCCCAAAAUUAGUCGAAGAUAAGAUGGAGAAAAAAAUGGCAUCAGGAUAAGGGAAAACAAUCAAACAUCAAACGCUUCAACUUCAACAACCCAACUGCACCUCGCAGCGAUUCAACGGCUACGGGAGGGGCGCGCAUUCAAGGCGGGGAGGUGUGAGAUUCUGCUGCGGCCGAAUGAAAACAACAUUGUAACCGAAACCAUAAACAGUGUCCGCGUUGAUGACGUGUCUCAACCUGGUCUCCCCAGCCUCGAGUCGAUAUCAUCAACUCGGUGGCGUGGCCUCAUUGUUGCCCCUUCCCAUUUCCAGUCGUUCCUUCUGCAUUCGAGAAUCUUCUGCAGUCGUGCUCUCUCGCUCUCUGUCUACUUCUUCUCCAUCGGGGGCGAGGAGAGACGAUAAUAGUGCAAGGGUUUUCAGGAGGAGAUUGAGUGUCACGUCUGCAUCAAUGGCCGGUUUGCCUCCCAAGCCCACCGUCCUCGUCACUGGAGCUGGUGGCAGAACUGGUUCGAUUGUUUACAAGAAACUGAAAGAGAGGUCAGACCAGUUCACUGCAAAGGGUUUGGUCCGGACUCCAGAGAGCAAGGACAAAAUCGGGGGAGCUGAGGAUGUUUAUGUCGGGGACAUAAGGGAUGCUGACAGCAUUGCUCCGGCCAUCCAAGGAGUCGAUGCGCUCAUAAUUCUGACCAGUGCUGUGCCAAAGAUGAAACCUGGGUUUGAUCCGUCCAAAGGCGAAAGGCCUGAGUUCUACUACGAAGAAGGUUGCUUUCCUGAACAGGUUGACUGGAUUGGACAGAAGAAUCAAAUUGAUGCAGCCAAGGCUGCUGGAGUGAAGCACGUUGUGUUGGUUGGCUCUAUGGGGGGAACAAACUUAAGUAACCCAUUAAACAGCUUGGGCAAUGGCAACAUAUUGGUGUGGAAGAGAAAGGCUGAGCAGUAUCUGGCUGAUUCUGGUCUCCCUUACACAAUUAUAAGGGCUGGAGGCCUGCAAGACAAAGGAGGAAUCCGUGAGCUGCUGGUGGGGAAGGAUGAUGAGCUUCUUCAGACCGAGACAAGGACCAUUGCAAGGCCUGAUGUUGCUGAAGUCUGCCUUCAGGCACUCCAGUACGAGGAAUCUAAGUUCAAGGCAUUUGAUCUAGCCUCAAAGCCAGAGGGAACAGGCACCCCGACCACCGACUUCAAGGCUCUCUUCUCCCAGAUCACCACCCGUUUCUGAAGAUAGCCUUGAAAGGAAUACCAUCUUUUCUCUGCGUUUCGUUACGUAAAUGAACUGCUUGUGGCACCCAUGAAUUUGUAAGGCUUGUUCUCUAGUUGACUUUGCUUAAAGAAGAGGGAGACUUGAGUGAGACGAGUAAUGUGGUUUGGAUGCUGUGACAAUUUGGUAUUUUGGUUUAUGGGAUCUGCAAUGCUGAGUUUUGACUGUAGAAAACGACGCCGUUUGAAAACCACACGCCAGCAAUAAACGAAACAACUUGCGCCUGCCGUUUCAUAGAAAGAUCUAUCCGCAGCCUUCGCUCAAAAAAAUUUAGUCGGCCAUGGCGGUUGUUCUUCCGUCGAACUUCCAGAGACUCUUCUCUCCAACAGAAAUCGCGUGGUUUCAAUCCGAGUCACCGUCUUUCCGUCCCGUCAAGAAAUCACUGACAGUCGGAGGCACUCGCCGGGGCUUACCCAUUUCCAUCAAAACCCCAACAGAAAAGGGCAGUCGCCGGAGCUCGGUCCUCGUUCGCGGCGGCGCCGACUCCGACCGAAAUAAUGUACAAGAAGAGGAGGACGAGUACAAUUUAGGAGUUAAGGCUGCUUUGUCAGUGUUGAGAUUCUACAAAAGGGAAAUAUCGCCGGUGCUGCCGAGGAGUUGCCGAUAUGUGCCGACGUGCAGCGAGUAUUCCAUGGAAGCUUAUAAGAAGUACGGAUUCGCCAAAGGCACCGUCUUGACCACCUGGCGUAUCUGUCGCUGCAAUCCUCUCGGCGGGUCUGGUUUUGAUCCUCCAAGGUGGUUUGGGGAAGAACCUCCUCCCAAAGAAUGAAAAGGUUUCCAGUUUGCAUCGCUAUCAUAGUUCUGAGUUAAGCAUGUAGUCAGUUCAGUUCAGGACCAUUACUCGUUACUCGUUAGUUUUCCCUUUCUUUAUUUGUUUAUUUACAUAGGGAAUCAGGCGUGCUGAUGUAUCAACGUGCACUCGGCUCUGUAAAGAACUGCAGAAAAUGGUUGAUUGGUUCUCGGGAAAGUUAGCCAAUGAUCUCAAUGUGCAUGUGAUGGAGCAGGCGAUGGUCUUCUUUAAUCCACCAACCAAAUCAUGUAUUCGUGGGGGAUUUUCGCAUAAGGAAUUAAGGACCACUACUUUGAGACUGUUCUGGAAACUCCACACAUCUGUGCUCUCUGAUAGGUUAAUUUAACACAGUAAACUCCACAAUCCUGCACACAGCUCAUUUGUCCUUUCCAUACAGUGGGAUUUAUUUACCUGCAACAUUUAAUUUAAUCCCCCACCAUUUGUGCC